GAUGCCUCCUUCGGCGGCGCCGCAAUGACGGAGAUGUCCGCUGCCCUCCGGCGCAUGGUUGCCCCUGGCGAUCCUGAGGUUGUGGAGCACAUUGCUGGUCUUCUGUCAAACCCAGCUUUCGCAGUCCGCCACGCCGCGAUGCAGGCAUUGCCACACGUGGUGGCAAAAGGGGAUGCAGCCGCCAUCGACAUGAUCCUUGCACGUGUGGACGACAAGGACGUGGAGAUCCGCGAGGAAGCCAUCCGGGCGCUGGCCCAGGUUGCCAGCGAAG